AUGUCUUUCGGGAGAUAUGCCUAUCGGCAUGCCGCGAUUCCCUCUUCAACUCCUUUAAUCGACCAUGUGUGGAUCAGUGAGGAGCUUUUGGCCUCGACCUUUCGGCGAUUCGCAAACGGACAACGACGGUAUGAAAGCCGGGUUCCGGGGCCAUUGGAGGCCAGAAGGCGGUUGGCCAAGCGGAGGAAUACGGGGCUAGCUAGUAUAGCUGGUUCGGGGCCGAUGGACGAUAUUGCGUGCCUGUUUGGGCGAAAUGGAAAGGAACAUAUGAAAUGGAGUGAGCCGGGGAGAAGUCUAGACUACCAGUUCUCUUCGUUGAACCCUCCCGCCGCCCCUGUCAGCUUUUACAACGAGAAUUUGAACGCAUUCGAUUCCGAGACUCCGCUUCAAAAUUGGUCUGGCGUUCGUGGCCGGGCGGAGAAGCCGACACGCGAUCAGUUCUUUGGGGAACAACUGCGAGAAUACCAGACAGCGAGCGCGUUAAAGGAUGCCAUUCGCGAGUUGGACAUUGAUAUGCGGCAGGAGCCCAGCUAUAGCCGCUUGUUGCUCGAUCAUUUGAUUUCACAAUCGGGCCGCAGAAAAGGCACUAUAAACGAGCUGAUUCUAUUUCUGGAAGAUCCGCAUCUUAACAUUCCUGGAGCUGGGAACUAUAUCGGUAUUAUAGAACAUUAUGCUUCUCGCGGGGCCCGGCUGAGCAAACAGCAUGCUGUAUUCGAUGCCGUCACACGAGCUUUAGAGCUCGGGAUCGUCCCCGCCGAAGAAAUCAAUGCAAUAAUAAUCAGCCUAUCGGAUUUGGGGAGAACAAAGAAGAGUGCCAAGGCGAACGACGAGAAGCUCUUGACACGGCUUUAUCGCCAAAUGUGGGACGCUAUUGGCGAGUGCGAUAUAUAUGGGCAUCAACAUUUGGAUGAACGUAUUGUUGACACCUGGCUUGGCGUUCUCUUGGAAAAUGGAACAGCGGACGACUUCCUCUUAGCCAAAGACAUCCUGUUGGUUACCAAUCAUGAUGUGCCAACCGACUCGUGGCUGGCGAAGUUCCUUACUAGAUGGCUUCACGACCCUCAUUCUUCACGUUUGGGGUUUGACGGUGGGCACGUUAUCGAGCUUUUGAGACCCUUCCACCCCGACUUGGUGUCGAGUUCGAUAAUAUGUGUCACCGAGGCCCUAUUCUCUUCUGAGAAGACACAUUUUCUUAAAAGAUGGGACAGCUGUCUAAUUAGACUUCAUGAUAUAUCGGCUAUUGCCUCAUCUCGUGCAUGGACUCAUAUACGCGUGUAUCACGAUGGCACAUCUCAUCUCCCACCGAUGUCACCGCGAUAUCGGAUAAUACAGCGUCUCUGGACACUAUACGCUAUGAACAAAGGGGCACUUCGGAGUUCAGGCUUGAAUGUGCCCGCUGCAACUAUCAAGAGCCUUUAUAGGCUGUAUGACACCACGAGAGGUGAUGAUGGCAUUGAAGACUUGUGGAGCAGCUUGACAAAAGAUAUUCACGAUCUGAAUAUACCAUUUGACUUGGAGGCUAUGGCCGAUGAACUAAGAACCGGAAAGAGCAUGAGCAAUGCAACACGGUCCACCCUACAGAAAUACGAAUCAUCUCCUCUAUCCUUUUCCGACAUCUUUGCGGACAUCCACCUUUUCAACGCCGCCGGCCGAGUUUUCUUCCACAACAUCGAGAAGAUGGUCCGCGAGGUCGACGUCGCAAGUCCUACAUUCCGAAACUAUGCAACCCACACCGCAAGAACGGGGGGCACUCACGACGUCUGGACACUUAUCCGCCUCCUCCGAUCACAUACACCCCUCAAAAUUGCCCUGUCAAUGUCAUGGCACCGACCCGACUCGGCAGACAAAUCUCUUACGCCCGACCAGCUAAAUCCCAGAACACCCUCCGAGCCGGACCCGCAUGCCGCUCUCGACCUUAUUCACGCUCUAGCCGCGGCGUUCGCCUGCUCUGAAGAAUUGUCUCCCCGCCGGGCGUUCCAGUUGGUCCAUUGGCUUUAUGUAUUCUUGUACAGACACGGCGCACCUGUGAGACCGCCUCUAGCACGCGCCUUGUACCAUGCGGGCGUGAUUAGAUAUCGAAGGGAGAAGUCGCAUGUUUCCGUUGGGCAGUUUGAGUAUAUCUGGAAUAUCGUGGAGCAGGCAGAAGGACCUGAAGUUGUGCAAGCAUUGAGGGCUCGGACCUUUGACGAAUCGGAUUGA